ACUUGCAUCGACGUUACCUGCUUUUCGGCGAAGGGAAAGCAGAGGCGUCGCUCGUCUAGCAGGUGAUAGACGUGUUCGCUUGUGUCUGCCGCUUGCUUGAGGUUCUCUCUGCUCUUCUAAGAAUGUUGCUGCUCGUACCCGUGCUGAUGGCGGCGGUGGGCGUGGCCUCGGGUUUCAGCAGCGGGAGCGUGGGGUGGGCGUGCGACUCGAUGGCCCCGGGGCAUCUGCUCACGUCCGCCGAAGAAUCGCCUUCGCCCUUCGAGGUCUACGCGGAGGAAUACGAGGCCGGAUACUACCUAGUGACGGCAUUUGGCAGGAGUGACCAGUUCAAAGGCCUCAUAAUGCAAGCCCAUUCUCCGAGGCGAGAGAAAGUCGGCGUUUUCAGACAGGUCGACAACGGACAGACACUGGACUGCGAUUUCGAAGGGGACGCCGUAGCACACAACAACGCGAAUUUAAAGAGCCAAAUCAGAGCGCUGUGGCAUCCGAAUGGCUACUCGGGCCCGGUGAGGUUCAGAGCCACCAUGUUAAAGAGCUACGGAACCUACUGGACAGACAUUCUCUCUAAUACCUUGGUGGUUUAAGAUCGUGCAAUUGUGAUCAAGACGAUGCAUAACGACAAAUAAAGAGGAUAAGUAGAUAAGGACAUUUUAAAUGGGUAUUAAUACUUCUAUUUUUUUAAGGGCAAAGUAGAAGCAGAAAAUAAUAUUUUGGAUGUGUAUUUAAUACGUUGUACGAUCGUCUUUUCUCUGACAUGAUUAUAAGACUGUGUAUUUGAUUUUAUUGUUUUUCUUUUUUACGUUUUGUUGAAUAAAGUGAUGUUUUUUCCACCAAA